AUGGCGGACACGCGAGCCCCCAGGCCGUCCACGGACGAAGAGAGCGCACCGAUGCUCCAGAAUGUCUCCCACCCCGACGACGACCCAGCAGCGCCGGACGAAGAGCCUAGCUACCUGGAGCGCAUCGCCGCCAUUGUUCAAGAACCUCUCUCCCCACUCACCCAACUCCUCUUGAUUGCCGCUCUCAUAUUCCUGCUACUCAGUUCCGUCUUCAUUGGCCUGUUUGCCGGCGCCCAGCAUAAGUUGAACACCGGCACGGGCGGAGGCUCGAAGACUGUAGUGGUCACUUCCACCGCUACGGCCACGGCCACCACCACCACGCAAGUCACAACCACCGCGGUCUCUACGACCACCGUCAUCAUUCCCGCCCCUGCACCCACUGCACCCCCCGAAGAGCCGGUUUGCGUCUCUGCGUCAUGCAUCAGCCUGGCCGCGUCGGUUCUGUCUUCUCUUGACGAGACUCAGGAUCCCUGCGAGAACUUCUAUGACUUUGCGACCGGCGGUUGGUUGAAGGAGAAUCCCAUACCCUCCGACAAAGGACGCCUCGGCCAUUUCGACGUGCUCGCCUUGCAAAACAGGCGUCUUCUCCAACAAAUUAUCUCCGAAGACUCCUCGUCUCGGUUCGCCGAGGCGUCGGCUCUCAUGGACGACGACGACGACGACGCGUUGCUUCUCAAGAAGCUGCGCGGUCUGUACAACUCUUGCAUGGCUGAGGAUCACCUGAACGACCUGGGCGAAGCCCCAUUAAAUGCUAUGACUAAGAAGAUCAAGGAGCUUUUCCGGGGCAAGACGGUCGUGGUUGACGACUUCAGCGCGAGCACGCCGGAAGAGGACAGGCACAGGCUCACGGCCACAGUCGCCUAUUUGCAUUCUCGUGGCAUCGAUGCUCUGUUCAGCUAUGACAUCGAGGGUGAUGCGGGAAACGACCCCAACCUCAUGGCUCUAUGGCUCUCUCAGGCUAACUUAGGCCUUCCUUCAAAGGAAUACUACGAUGAAGAAGCUAUUGUCGAGCUUUACCGCACAGUUUUGCAACGUCUAUUGAUCGUGGCUGAUGACAAGGACGAGCAGCUCGAGAGUGCAUCUGUCACGACCGUUCCGUCGACUGGCUUGACGAUCCACGAAGAGCGUCUACGCGUAUGGCCCCCUUGGCCCUGGCCGCCCUGGGGCGACGACGAUGACGGCAACAAGCCCGUCAACCGCACGGAACGUGCCGAUAAGCUGGCGAAGUCUAUUGUGAAGCUCGAGAAACAAAUCGCGAAAGCCAGUCUUGACCUCGACAUCCUGUACCAGGACCCCAUCGCGACGUACAACCCCGUACCGUUCAAGAACGUUAGUCACCAGCUUCCGGAGUUCGACUUCCCGGCGUAUUUCUCCUCGUUCGCGCUGCGCAACUUCCCCGACACGAUCAUUUUGACUUCGACGACCUACCUGUCUGAUCUGUCGCGCAUCCUGAACGCCACCGACAAAGACACCCUCGAGGCAUACUUCAUUACUCGUGCCGGUUUGUCCUAUGGUUCUUACCUUGGUAUGGAGACCGAGGCGUGGCAAGCCACCCGCGGCCUUCAAGAAGUCCUCAAUGGGAUCAAGAAGGGUGCCGUCGGUGACCGCUCAGAGUACUGUAUUGCGCGCGUCGAGUCUGCCAUGGGCUUCGCGCUCGGACGGUACUUUGUUCGGGAGACGUUCGGUGGACAAUCUCGUGAGAAGGCCACGAAGGUCAUCACAGAUAUCAUCAGCACUUUCAAGAAGUCUUUGGCUAGCAUUGCAUGGAUGGAUGAUGAGAGUGCCACCGCAGCUGCGGGCAAGGCGGAUGCUCUUCGUAUCAAAGUUGGCUAUCCCAUGUCGCCCAACACGGAGAACCCUCGCUCGUUGGUCAACUGGUACAGGAAUGUCAAGAUCAAUGUGGCGACCUUCUUCGAUAACAUCGUCAGCGCCAACGUUGGGGACGAGAUUCGCCGCUGGUACCAGAUUGGCAAGCAGCGCGAUCCCGAGGCAUGGGAGAUGUAUGCGUCGACCGUGAAUGCAUACUACAACCCGCCUGGGAACGAAAUCGUCUUCCCUGCAGGUAUUCUCCGUCCUCCGUUCUUCCAUGUGAACUGGCCCGGUUACAUGAAUUACGGGUCCUUCGGUCACGUCGCUUCACAUGAGCUUACACACGCUUUCGAUUCUGCCGGUCGCUUGUAUAAUCAAGACGGCAAGCUUGAGGAGUGGUGGACAAACAAGACGAGUGAAGGCUUCAAAGUGAAACAGAAAUGUAUCGUCGAUCAAUAUUCCGAGUACACUAUCGAUGAUGGAAAGGGUGGCAAAAUUCACGUCAACGGCAAUUUGACCUCUGGUGAGAAUAUUGGGGAUAGCGGUCUGAUUCAGGCCUUCCGGGCUUGGAAGAGUCAGUACAGCGAAGAGUCUGAGUUCCUCCUCCCCGGUCUCAGCUAUACUCGCGAGCAACUGUUCUUCAUCUCCUUCGCGCGCAGCUGGGCCCAGAAUAUCAAGCCAGCAGCCGCUGUUGCCCGUGUGCGAACAGACCCGCACUCGCCCAAUCAGUUCCGUGUCGACGGCACAGUCUCCAAUAUCCCCGAGUUCGCGAAGGCGUUCAAAUGCUCAUCCAAGGCGAAGCUGAACCCACCGAACGAGAAGAGGUGUAUGUUCUGGUAG